AUGGCUCCUUCACAAAAUCAAGAAAUGGAAACUCUACAAUAUACUCACAAGAAAUUCAACUGUGGUUACUCACACAAAAAGCUGGGCAUGCGUUUGUUGCGCAGAAACAGCCAGGACGAAGAGAUCAUGCAGCAACAGGAACAAACUCCUGCCUUCAACCACAACACCUCAAAGGCCACACUCUUCAGACCCUACGAUUUGGAUAAUAAGACGACAACCAACAAGACUUCCUCAACACAAUCUCAAGUUCCCGAUCAAGCUCAACUAGAUCACUACAUGCAUUUGUAUGCCCUGCAACAAUCCGCUCAACAGUCUCAGGAACAAUACGCUCUCAAACUGCAAAGACAACGUGCCGCUCUCUACAUGAAACAUGUCAUGCAAUUCUAUGAGAAUGGCAAUGGUUGGCCCUCUGUACAUCCCAAUGCCAUCAAUAAUCCAGCUUUCUAUAAUAACUGCUAA